AUCAAUUCCGCUGGACUGUCCGGUGGAUUUCUACCACGAUGUCUGCUCAAAUUACUGCUCCGAAGCAAUACAGCCAGCCUUCUCGAAAGGGCAAGAAGGCCUGGAGGAAAAAUGUGGAUAUUGACGAGGUUCAGGAUGGUUUACGGCUCUUGAAGGAUGAAGAAAUCAAAGGUGGUGUCCUGGCAGAGAAGCCCUCCGAUGAACUGUUCACGAUCGAUAAGUCCGGCGCAGCGGAGAUCCGCAAGGCCUACGAGAAACAGCACAAGCCGCUGAAGUCAGACGAGAUUCUAUCCAAGCGAUCAGCCAUCCCCGCCGUCGACUCCCGCAAGCGGGUGAACUCCAAGGUGACGGACGGAGUGAUCGAGCCCAAGACCAAGAGACAGAAGAGCGACUGGGUGACCCGCAAGGACUGGCUGCGCCUGAAGCAGGUGGCCAAGGAGAACAAGCCUGUGAACCUUACCACGAACAAGCUGUACGAUCCUUGGGCGGAGAUUGAAGAUGAGACGCCAGCAGUGGAGGAUCCUCAGUUUGAUUACCUGCCAAAGCCUCAGGCCAAGGUGGCUCCUGAUACGUUAAAGCGCGCGCCCACCUCUCUCGCCGCUAAUGGCAAGCCGGUUCCUGCUGUGCGCACGCCGGGUGCUGGUGUCAGUUACAACCCGUCCUUUGAGGACUGGGACCGACUUCUCCAGGAGAAGGGUCAGCAGGCCGUGGACGAUGAGAAGAAGCGCCUGGAGGAGGAGCGCAAGGAGGAAGAAAAGCAGCGCAUGAUCGAGGAGGCCCAGAAUGAUAACGGCGAGGCCAAGUCCGACGAUGAGAGUGCGUGGGAAGGGUUCGAGAGCGAAUACGAGAAGCCCGAAUGGCUGAACAAGAAGCGACCCGAGCGCAAGACCAAGACCCAGAGGAAUAAGAUCAAGAAGCGGAAGGAGGAGGAGCGCAAGGCCCGAUGGGAGGCCCAGAUGAAGAAGAAGGAAGACCAGCUUGCCCGGGCGGCGAUCGGCGAGGUGACGGCCGAGCAGAGAGAGCUGUACCAUGCCCAACACUCAAGCGACGAAUCAGAAGGCGAUGAUACCGUCCUGCGACGACGACCUUUGGGAGGAAAGAUCCCGGUCCCUGAGAAGAAUCUUGAGGUGGUGCUGCCGGACGAGCUGCAAGAUUCCUUGCGCAUGUUGAAGCCUGAAGGCAACCUUCUGGACGAUCGAUUCCGGACAUUGAUGGUGCAAGGAAAGCUCGAGUCUCGCAAGCCGAUAACCCAACCGCGCAAGCCCAGGAGAGAGGUUACGGAGAAAUGGGGCUACAAGGAUUUCAAGGUUCCGGGGUUGUAGAUGCGUCUGGUUUCUUUUCUUUUAUAUGCUCGUUGCAGUAAAUCGUUCGUACAUAAUAUUGGCGAUGAAUUGAUA